AUGUCAAAGCCCAAUUUAUCAAAACUUAAGAACAUUUCAGGUGAACGUGCCAAAUCUAGUAGUGGUGACGAAAUGAAGACACAGGUGACUCUGUCGAGGUUCUUCGGGUUUCCUGGUGGGAGUAAAAGAAAAGGAAACAGUGAUGACGAGCCUGGGACAUCAUGCUCUUCAAACAGACCAAGAAAAUUGGCUGUACAACCAAGUACUGGCGACAUUAUAUAUGAUGAGUUUGUAGAUGGUACCUCCCGCAGUGAAUUGGAAAUGAGAAUAAGCCACAUACAACCAGUGGAACUCUUACUCCCAAUGACAUUAUCAGAACAUACCGAGAAACUCAUGAGGACUGUCACUGCAAGUUGCAUCAAGAAAGAAGACAGAAUAAGAAUUGAGAGAAUGGAAGAUCAGAAUUUUCAUUAUAAUUCGGCGUUUCAGUCAAUAUCAGAUUUUUGCAAUAAUAAUGACGACGAUUAUGGCGGUGGAAAUGUAAAUGACGACUCCACGUCUCAAGCAAGUUCACCAGGUAACAAACUGCAGCAGGUUGUCAAUCUCCCGAAAUCUGUUCUGUCUUGCUACGCUGCUCUCAUCAAGUAUUUACAGGAUUUUCACUUGGAGAACGUCUUAAAGCUGACAAGCAACGUCAAGCCUUUUACUCCUGGUGCUAAUUACAUGAAGUUAAACGCAUGUACUUUGAAGAACUUGGAAAUAUUUACAAAUGAUCUGGAUGGCGGCACUAAAGGUACUUUGUUUUGGAUGUUAGACCAUACAACAACUCGAUUUGGACAGAGACUAUUGAAGAAAUGGAUUGCCCAACCCCUCUUAGACAAAAAUGACAUAGAGGAACGACAAGAAGCUGUGAGUGAUAUAUUAUCUGACAAUCCAGUGUUCAGUAAAAUAAAAGAAUUGUUAUCCAAGAUGCCAGACAUUGAAAAGGGACUAUGUAGUAUUUACCAUAAGAAGUGUUCCACUUCCGAAUUCCUGUCUGUUGCAAAGACGCUUCUAAACACAUCUCAAGACAUCCAAGCUAUUCACAGUAUGGUUGACGAUAACAUUAAUUCUAAGUUAUUGUGGACAAUUCUGCAUGAAAUCCCGGUGUUUCUCGAUGAUGUUCAUAAUUUUACCAAUGCUAUCAGUCACCAGGCUGCCAAAGAUGGAGAUAAAACAAAACUAUUUAUAAAUGAAAUGGAUUACACCAACAUCAGUAAACGUAAAGAAGAUAUUGAGAAGAUCUUACAAGAUUUGAAUGAUCACAGAAGUGAAAUAAAAUUGACACUUAAAUCUUCUUCAUUUGAUUACGUAACUGUAUCAGGCCAAGAGUUUCUGAUAGAAGUUCGUAACGCUCACCUCAAACUUGUACCAAGUGAUUGGAUGAAAAUUAGUUAUACCAAAGCAGUGACAAGAUUUCACAGUCCAUAUGUAAUGCAAUGUUAUAAACAUCUUUGUCAGCUACGAGAACAGUUACUACUAGACUGCAAUGAAGCAUGGUUAUUAUUUCUUGAGUGCUUUAGCGAUAACUAUGCCAGUUACAGAUCAGCUGUUCGACACUUGGCAACUCUCGAUUGUCUGUAUUCGUUAGCUGAAGUAGCAAAGCAAGAAGGUUAUUGCAAACCAGUUAUUGUAGGUGAGGGCGGUGGUCAGAUUCAUAUACAAGAUGGCCGCCAUCCUAUUGUGGAAGUGUUGCUCGGGGAACACGAACAGUAUGUACCAAACGUUACAGAACUUGGCUUUUCUGUUAAAUGGUUCGAACUUGUUAACCGAAUGGGUGCUUCUGACAAUAUAUGCCAUGGCAACAGUACAUUCAUGGUGGAAUUACAAGAGGCUUCUGAGAUAUUGCAACAAGCCACUGCCGCAUCACUGGUAGUAUUGGAUGAAUUAGGACGCGGCACAAGCACCUAUGAUGGCAUGGCCAUAGCGUAUGCGACACUACAUCAUGUAGUAUCUACGGUAAAGUGUCUGACGUUGUUUGUUACUCAUUACCCACCAUUGGCGGAACUUGAAAAAGUAUUUCCUGAUGAAGUUAAAAACUUCCACAUGUCAUUCCUUGUCCAUGACAAGCAGGAAGAUGAUGAUUUGCCGGAUAUUGACAUAAUCACGUUUCUGUACCAGUUGGUACCCGGAGUGGCACAGAGAAGUUACGGUCUAAAUGUGGCCAGAUUAGCUGAUAUCCCUGUCGAUAUACUUCAAAUAGCAGCACAGAAAUCUCACCAGUUAGAGGAUGCUCUAAUGGCAAAAACGUAA